UCUUUUAUAAGUAGCUCUGAAUAGUGAAUGAUCAAGAACUACAUACAAUUCCCCUCUCCUAAAACUCCAAAAACUCUCUAGAAAAUUCUCUUAUCUUACCACACUUGUUCCCUAGUUUGUUUUUCAUACUUGUUGUUUUAAUGGAAGUGAAAACUCAAGCUAUGUCUAAUUUUGAUUUCAACUCUCAGCUUCCAUAUUCCUCGUAUGUUGAGCAUUCAGACACGUCUGUUUCAAAUGCUGCAAUGAAAGUGCAGAAGGUUUAUAGGAGUUACCGUACCCGGCGCAUGUUAGCUGACUCUGCUGUGGUUGCUGAAGUGCUCUGGUGGCAAGCCAUAGAUUAUGCUCGGUUGAAUCACAGUACAGUUUCUUUCUUCAACUUCAUGAAACCAGAAACGGUGUCUUCCCGCUGGAAUCGCAUAAGCUUAAAUGCUUCCAAGGUUGGUAAAGGUCUGUCCAAAGAUGCCAAAGCUCAGAAAUUGGCAUUUCAACACUGGAUUGAGGCGAUUGAUCCACGCCAUCGUUAUGGGCAUAACUUGCAUAUUUAUUAUGAAGAAUGGUGUAAAACUGACUCUGGUCAGCCCUUCUUCUUCUGGUUAGACCUUGGAGAUGGCAAAAAGGUUGAUGUCGAAGACUGUCCAAGAUCUAAGCUUCAGAAGCUAAGUAUCAAGUACCUUGGACCUCAAGAGAGAGAACAUUAUGAAUAUAUUGUUGCUGAUGGGAAAAUUGUGCACGAAAAAACUGGAAAUCUUCUUGAUACAACUAAAGGAUUGCCAGGGGCAAAGUGGAUUUUUGUGAUGAGCACGUCAAGAAGACUCUAUGCUGGUGAAAAAAAGAAAGGAAUGUUUCAUCAUUCCAGUUUUCUUGCUGGUGGGGCUACUUUAGCUGCUGGAAGACUAGUGGUAGAGGAUGGAAGAGUUAAGUCUAUUUCAGCAUAUAGUGGACAUUAUCGCCCGACUGAAGAUAGGCUUGACAGCUUUUUAUCAUUUCUUAAUGAAAAUGGGGUCAACCUGGAUAAAGUUGAGAUAAGAAAAGCAAAUGAAGACUAUGAAAGCUAUGAAGAUGGAAAGUCUAUUGGAAGUGGCUCUGCAUCUGAAUUCUCAGUUCUAUCGAAUUCUCCUUCUCAAACUAAUCUUCGAAAGGAAAAGGAAAAAGGUGUUCCAUCGGAAUCAGCCCCAAAUCUGGUAGCUCAAACGAGUAGUUAUAACCGAUCGCUCUCAGGCGGUUUUCAGAUCCCAAUGACAGAGGUGCCAAAGACUGCAAUACUGCGAAGGAUUCAUUCAGAGAAGUCCACGAAGUCGUAUCAACUUGGUCAUCAACUUUCCCAGGCGUGGUCAACAGGUGCUGGACCAAGAAUUGGCUGUGUUGCUGACUUCCCUGCUGAGCUAAGAUGGCAGGCCUUGGAACUGACUAACCUCUCACCUAGACCUUGUUCCGUAUGAUCAACUCCUAUGCUGGUUCACAAUCCUUGUUAACUUGCAGCUUAUCGCUCUCCACUUCUUGGCGAUGUCAACAUAACUCUUCUGUAGCGAGUGUAAAAGCCUUGUUCUUCUUGGCUAAGCUUAUAAGUUGGUUUCUCCCGUUUAUAAGUACUUUUUGACUUAUCUACACCUCUAAUAAGUAUCGAAUGUGCUUAUAAGUUUUAAGUGUUUAUAAACCAAAAUCAGCUAAAAAUCAUGAGUUGGUCACCCAUAACUUGUGAUUUUCAACUUAUAAACACUUUUGAUUUGACCAACCUUUGACUAUUUUACCCCAGAAAGAAAAAUACAUUAUCACCUUUAUUGAUGACUUCCUCAGUAUGGUUAUGUCUAUUUGUUGCAUGAAAAAUCUCAAGCAGUAAAUGUCUUAAGGGUACUUAUUAACGAGGUUGAAAGGCUAGUUCAGAAAGGUACAAAUAGUCAUGUCAGAUAGAGGUGGUGAGUAUUAUGAAAGAGAAGAUGAAACUGGACAAGACUCGUCCAUUUUCUAAAUGAAUUUAAGGCUGAUGACUUCAAGAUAAUGAUAAGCAUGGAAGAUUGGUGGCUGGUCAGUUAUGUAGAUGCUCAUAAUGCGCGUGAGGCAAAGCACUUUCACUGAGCACUAUGCUUCCACAUAUAUAAUUUUGGAUCUCAACUUCUACAAUAUCAUGGUCAAGCGGUACACAGAGUUGUCGAAUGAAAGCACACAGCCGGAAGCUAUUCCAUUCAAGCAAAUGCUUGAUGAUUUUAUAUGGGAUGAUGAUGUUAUUGCUUAUUGUAGAGGUACUAUACCAGCCAGAGGUUAUCGCCAGUGGGUUGGUGCCAAAAGGGUGCUUACUAUCUUGUCACCCUCGAAUUCAUAAUUGAGGAGGGGGUGAUAAAUGUUUAUGACUGCAAUCUCCCACAAAUCCAAGAUGAUGAGUUCUUCAUGCACAUCCAGCUAGUCAUUGAAUUAUGGCCGAAACUACUGAAGCAGAGUGGCAUGUUUGAACACUUGCCUGAAAAUCUGCUUAACGAAGCUUGGGAAUUUGUGCGGAAGGAGAAUCUCCCCUGCAAUGAAAAUACAAUGACAUGCAGAUCAUAUUCACUUGCUUUUAUUGAGCACUUUUUUAUCGGCACUAACAUGAUGAAGCCCGAAACUCUAUUGUGCGACAACUCAGUGGCGAGGAUGCAGUCGCGAUGGGAAGUGGGUGUGAUAGAUAAAUUUUUGGAGCCUUUAGUUGGCUGUUUAACAAAUUACUACUUGAAUGAUUUUUUUUGUCCUUUAUAUUAUUUAUGAAUGCUGUUGCAACAGAUGCAACAGAUCAUACAAUUGUUGAAAAA